AGUGCUAACAAUAACCUGAUGCGUGUAACAUAACAUGGCUCGAUAUAUUCAGGGAGGACUGUGCUUAUCACAGCGCGCACAGACGACUUUUACUCGCCCCGGACGACAUUGUUUCGCCUCUCUACCGUCCAUUCUUCCAGUCCCUUCCUUCGCCACUAACCUCCCAGUACUGUUUUGUGCCAGAAGUUUGAGAAGCACGUCAAGCUCAGCCAUGGCAGACUACAUCGCGAUCAAAAAGAGGCGAACGGAAAUCCAGGAGUCGGGACCUUUCGCCGAGAACGACUUCAAGUGCAGGGGGUUGUUCAGCGGGCUGAACCAGCAGCUAACCAUCGGCGGCCCGGGGCCUGAUCGGCUGCGGCGGGUGGCAGAGUUGCUGUCCAAGGCCGCUCAUAAGAGAAUGGCGGAAGAAGCACUCGGAGACGGAGAUCUCUUGCAGUAUGGCAACACUGGGGGAGAUCCACUGUGCCGUUUGGAGCUGGCCAAGUUCUUGAGCAAGGGUUAUGGCAGUCCUGUCGAUGUUCAGGACCUCAUGUUGAGCGGGGGAGCGACACAGGCCAUGGCUUUCCUCCUGACGUUCUUCUUCAAUGCUGGGGACACCGUCUUUGUGGAGGACCCCACGUACUUCAUCAACUUGAAUGCGUUCAAGGAUUACGGCAUCAAGAGCGUAGCCGUUCCCCUAGAAAAAGAUGGCAUCAACACGGAAGCCCUGGAGGCCAAAUUCAAGGAAUUUGCAGCCAACGACCAGCAGGAGAUAACUGCGACUCGGCCGUUUCGUGCCAUGUUCUACGCCAUCACUGUCUUCCACAAUCCCACCACCAUAUGCUACUCACCAGAGAAAUGUCGGCGUGUCGUUGAGCUUGCCAGGAAGUACGACAUCCUGGUCGUUUGCGACGACGUCUACAAUGUACUCUCCUGGAUGCACAGCGGCAACAACGAGAUUGGCCUGGCCCCUCCCCGCCUUGUCUCCUACGACAGGAAAGAGGACUCUGACUACAAGGGCAAUGUCAUCUCCUGCGGCUCUUUCUCCAAGUUCACAGGGCCUGGCCUGCGCCUGGGCUGGUUCGAGACAGCCCCACACCUCUUGGACAUGAUGAGAAAAUGUGCCUACAUGGUGAGCGGAGGGAACUUCAACACUUUCACGUCGGGCCUGAUGGGCUCUGCUUUGGAGAUGGGACUGAUUGAGAAUCAUGUGGCCAACUUGCGAAAGACCUACUCGGCAUCUGCUCGAGCUUUAUGGAAGACGCUACAGGCAGAGCUGCCAGAGGGAAGCCGUGUGGCAGAACCCAUGGGCGGUUACUUCAUUUGGGUGGAGCUUCCUGAGGGGGCAAAAGCUGCCGAGAUCCUCAAGAUCGCCAAGGAAGACUACAAGGUUGCCUUCCUGCCUGGCAAUUUAGCCUCGCCCUGUGGCAACUUUAGCAACUGUUUGCGAAUUUCCUUCAGUUACUAUGGAGACGACGACCUGCAGACUGCAGCCAAGGGUAUCGCUGCGGCAACCAGGAAGCAUCUGGGAAAGUAAUCAGCUUUUCAUUGUAAGCCUGUUUGGCAAAAACAAAUGCUAUUUUUUAUUAGAAACCAUGUUAAUGGGGGAGCGAUUUGGGAAAGUCCAUUUGACUUGGAAAAUUUUAAUAAUCACUAUACCUCUUUUCUUUUCCUGCAAAAACUUCAGGUAAAUGUUUGUGAUUGGAGACUUGUUUGGCAAGCAGAAAGAUCAAGUAGGGUUCAAAGUUCACAAUACAGUGCAACGCCGCUGUAAUAAAAUUGAGGGGGUCCACACAGCAUGGUCGGCAAAGCAUUGGUUCACAAUUGCAAUUUUCAGAUGCACCUGGUGCUAUCCCGUUCACAUAUUUGGCAGCCUGCCUUGCGACAUUUUCUGGCUGAGAAUGUUGGGCGACACUUCCAACACACACCAAAAUUUCAACUAAAAAUAAAUGAUCAUUUCCCACCUGUUGGGUAGCUCUCUAUCGGAGUCAAAUCACCCACUGAGAUAAAGGUGUCCAUGAUUUUCUUGUGCGUCUUUGCUUAAAAAUCGCAUGCAACAUGCAGUAUGGUUGAACAGAUAGACAGGCCAGGAAAUAUUCUACAGCACGGAAGUCGCAAAAAAAGUACAUGAUGGCCAUCGGCAACAUCAUGAAUCUGCAAGCAUUGUUGAUCAUGAUUGGAACUAGCAAUAUAUUUAAGGAAAAUUUCUGCAAGUCGCAGAACUAUGUGCUUGGGUAUAUUCUGUUUUGAUGGCCUUUUUUCUAUCUAAAGAUCCUUGCCUCUAUUGUGAUAAUAAGAAGCAAGAUUUUCUAUGUCAGAGUUACACAUGUUGCAUAUGCAUGUACUCUGUGGCCGAACAACAUGGCUGCCCAUGCAGACAUGCAUGAUUCGUACCCACAAACUAGUCUAGACGGACUGCACUGCCUCAGUGUUGACCAUUGUUCCUUUGCGAGUAGGAUUUUCUCAGGUCAUAAUAAUCAGAACUAACAAUAUUUCUUUUAUAUUUAAGCAAAUUUUCAUUGUUCAUUAAAAGUGCUUGGUAAAUUCGGGUGGCUGAGGGUAAGAUUUGAAUUCCUGAUUAUU